GAAAAUGGACCGGGCAACCUUGGGAUCGAUCGGGAACGGAAGUCAGCAAAUCAAUAUCUUGGCUUCUCCUUCUCGUUGAAACCUGACGGUUAGCCGAGUCCCCACGCCAAAGUCCAAAACGCCCCUCUCCAUACCAUUCGACGAGCGCAAGGAAAAAAAAAAGAUAGCGACAAGCGUGCGCGUCAGAGGAAAUCCAUGUGGGUGGCUCGCCCUCCCCUGCCAUCACCUCAGCACCACACCCCCGCGCCGCGCGCUCCCCGCCAAGAUUCGCCUCGUCUCCUCCCCCCUAUAACGCCACCUCGGCUCCUCCUCUCCCCGCACGAGCCGCUCGCGCAGAGAGAGAUAGAGAGAGAGGGGCACCACCGGGUGGUCCAUCGCAUCGCAUGGGAGCGCGGUCGGGGGCGGCGGCGGCGGCGGCGGCGGCGAGGCGGAGCGGGAAGAAGGCGGAGGCGGCAUCGGCGUCGUCGGCCAUGGCGCCGGUGGGUGGGGUGGAGUCGGCGGCGGCGGCGGCGGGGGGACGGAGCAGGAGGCCGCCGCGGCUGGUCGGGUACGAGGAGCUCCCGGAGUUCCUCAAGGACAACGAGUACAUCCGCGGCCACUACCGCGCCGAGUGGCCCCUCCGCGACGCGCUCCUCAGCGCCUUCGCCUGGCACAACGAGACGCUCAACGUCUGGACGCAUUUGGGAGGGUUCCUGCUGUUCCUGGCGCUCGCCGUCGCCGGAGGAGGCAAGGAGGCGGCCCACGAAGUCGCCCCGGGGAUCAUGAGAUUUGUGGUGGGAUCAGCUAAUUCUUCAUGGAAGAGCGAUCACUCGUUUGUGUUUUUUGGAUGUGGUGCAGGGCCUGGCGGGGAGCGCGCACGGCGAGGCGGCGGCAUCGGCGGAGCUGGGCGUGCCGCGGUGGCCGCGGAUGGUGUUCCUGGUGGGCGCCAUGGCGUGCCUGGCCACGAGCAGCGCGGCGCACCUGCUGGCCUGCCACUCGCGCCGCGCCACGGUCGUCUUCUGGCAGCUGGACUACGCGGGCAUCUCCGUCAUGAUCGUCGCCUCCUUCGUCCCGCCCGUCUACUACGCCUUCCUCUGCCACCGCGCCGCGCGCGUCGCCUACCUCUCCGCCAUCGCCGCCCUGGGCGCGCUCGUCGUGGCCGUGCUGCUCUCGCCGUCCUGCUCCUCGCCGCGGUACCGCCGGCUGCGUGCCGCGCUGUUCCUCGCAAUGGGCUUGUCCGGUGUCGUCCCGGCGUUGCACGCUCUCUGGAUCAACUGGGGCCACGCCGCGUGCUACCUCGCGCUCGGGCUCGAGGUGGCCAUGGGGCUGGCGUACGCCGUCGGGGCCUGGUUCUAUGUCAGCCGUGUCCCGGAGAAGUGGCGUCCCGGCGUGUUCGAUGUCGUCGGGCAUAGCCACCAGAUCUUCCAUGUGUUCGUGCUCGUCGGCGCCGUCACGCAUUAUGUUGCCGUCGCCGUGCUGCUCGACUGGCGGGAGAAGGUCGCCGUGGCUUGCGGCGGCACGACGCCGUGAUGAGAGGCGACCGAGGCGGCUUGAUUGUUUGUUGGAUGGAGAACAGACCGGCUUGAUUGUUUGAGGAUCGUCAUUCCAAGGGAGUAGUCAGUGAGUGAGUGAGCUCUAGCAACUAGCAAAUGUGCAUUAGAAGGCAUAGUGUGGACUGUGGAACUGUGAACUUUAAUGGUCUGACAUGCGAUACAAUUGAUGAGAUUGCACCACCUAUUGGUGUACCCAGAUUCCGUUCGAAUUUGGAAGAAGAAUCAAAUACACUAUGAGUUGAGCAAAUCAA